ACGGUUUUGCGAAAUGCAACGGGGUGCGGAAUGCAGUAGCCAGUAGAAAGUGCCUUUUCUAUCGCAUCUGCGAAAUGCAAUGGGGUGCGGAAUGCAGUAGCCAGUAGAAAGUGCCUUUUCUAUCGCAUCGCAUAGCUAUGUCGUUGUAUGCUUUCCGACGACCUCCCUCCCCCUCCCUUUCCCUUUCCCUUCCCCUUUCCACCCACUGCCUUCCCUGCGUUCCGCGUUUCCACUGCCGAUACUUCUCCAUCGCUUCUCGACCUCCUCAAUAUUCUGAUUUUCCCGAUACAUCCAAUCACUCCGUGAAUACCACUGCACUCAAAUGGAUUUCCGCGGGAAUCUUUACCUGCUCUACCCUUGCCCUUUCCUUCUACACUUCUCUCGGUACCGCCCCAUUUCCAUCUCAUGCGGACUCAUGUGAGCCAGCUCCGCCCGCCUCCACAACUGCUUCUCUUUCGCAACCCUCGCCGCCUAAUCAAAACAAUGGAUCUAAAUUUCUCCUUGGAGAUGCAUAUAGAAGAAGGGUCUUCUUUAAUUACGAGAAACGCAUUAGGAUGCGAAGCCCUCCGGAGAAGGUGUUUGAGUAUUUUGCAUCCAUUCGUAACGAUGAAGGAGAAAUUUUUAUGACACCAGCUGAUCUCAUGCGAGCAGUGGUUCCGGUAUUCCCUCCAUCGGAAUCACUCCUUGUAAGAGAUGGAUAUCUCAGAGGUGAAAGGAGUCCUGGUGAAUUGCAAUGUUCUCCUUCGCAGUUUUUUAUGCUGUUUGACACAAAUGGCGAUGGUUUGAUAUCAUUUAAAGAGUAUUUAUUCUUUGUCACACUUCUCAGUAUACCAGAAUCAAGUUUUUCUGUGGCAUUCAAGAUGUUUGACCUUGACUGCAAUGGCCAAAUUGACAGAGAAGAAUUUAUGAAGGUGAUGACUUUGAUGCGAACUCAUAAUAGGCAAGGGGCAGUUCACAGUGAUGGACUUCGAGCUGGGCACAAGUUACAGAGUUCUGUAGAAAAUGAAGGCCUAUUGGAGUACUUCUUUGGUAGAGAUGGCGAGAAACUUCUCCAACAUGAUAAAUUUGUCCACUUCUUGAGAGAUCUGCAUGAUGAAAUGGUGAAGUUGGAGUUUGCUCAUUAUGAUUAUAAAUCACAAGGAAGCAUAUCUGUGAAAGAUUUUGCACUAUCGAUGGUUGCCUCUGCCGAUCUGAAACACUUGAAUAGGCUGCUUGAUCGGGUUGAUGAUUUAGAUAUGGAGCCAAGCCUUGCUAGCAUUCGUAUUUCACCUGAAGAAUUCAAGAAUUUUGCUGAGGUUCGAAUAAAACUGCAGCCCUUCUCUCUGGCAAUUUUCAGUUUUGGAGAAAUAAACGGACUGCUGACAAGAAAUGAUCUUCAACGAGCUGCUCACCAAGUGUGCGGAAUAUCUCUGACUGACAAUGUGGUUGAUGUUAUCUUCCAUGUAUUUGAUGUAAAUAAAGAUGGAAGUUUAAGUUCAGAUGAGUUUGUUAGAGUUCUGUACAAGCGGGAAAGAGAUCUUGCUCAACCCAUGGAGGAAGGUAUCUUUAGCUUUUUGUCAUGCUAUUGGCAUUGUUCAAGUGCCAACAGCAUCACUAGGUUCUCUUGAUCACUGUUCAUGGCACUUAUAUGGUCCUGGUUCCAGAGAAUAGUCUAGGAACCCCCUCCUUAGAGUACUAAGCCUUGUUAUUAUAUUUGAUGGACUAGCAAGCCCUCAUUGUAAAAGUAGUUCUUUUAUGCGAAAGUGACAUUUAUUUCUAACUGAUUUUGUAUUCAUUGAUGUUGCUUGCUCUCUAGUUGAAAUGCAAUGAAAUCAUAUAAGUAGUACUUGAAAUUGAAAUGCA